UUCCUGGCACUUUGUGCUGGUAACUAUUUUCAGUUCGUGCCAUUAAGUUUUGUGUUGGCACUUUUGUGGCCAGGCACCCAGAGGCAUGAAUUACCUGACAUAAAAAUGGUCCAAACUUACAUAAAACCAAUUUUAUAUCUUUGUGGACGGAAAUAUGAACCUGGAUAUAGCAAUUUUGUUAAAACCAAAAAAAUGCCACUGGAAGUUACUGGAAGCCACUGGACGUUACUGGAACUUCCUUCCAGUGACAUAAAAUCCUCACUGGAAGGGGUCCAGUGA